AAUAACAAUCGAGAAAGAUUCCAAAGUUCCCAAUGCAGCAAUUUUUACAGUCAAUAAGGAAGAUCACACACUGGGAAACCUGAUUACUGUACAGCUGCUCAAGGACCCACAAGUUCUGUUUGCUGGAUAUAAGGUACCUCACCCCCUGGAACAUAAGUUUGUUCUGCGGAUUCAAACCACCCCUGACUACACCCCACAAGAAGCCAUGACCAACGCCAUCACAGAUCUCAUCUCAGAGAUAUCUCUCUUGGAGGAGAGAUUCCGGGAUGCAGUUCGAGACAGACAGGAAGGCUCGCCGAUUUGA